AGCUCCCUUUCCCCGCACCCACUGUCAUGUCUCGCCUCAAUCCCCGCACGACUUUGUUCCUCCUCUGCGAUAUUCAGACCAGGUUUAGGAACGCAAUCCAUGGCUUCGAUGCUGUUGUCGCGUCUACGAAUAAGUUGCUUAGGGUCGCUAAGACCCUCGAUGUGAAGGUGGUCGCCACUACGCAGAAAGCUCAAGCACUAGGACCCAUUGACCCCGCCAUUGACCUUAACUCCCUCGGUCCUCUCCUGCUCGGCACCUACGACAAGACCCUCUUCUCCAUGGCCAUCUCACCCGUUAUCAAUCACAUCAAGGACAACAGCAUCACCAACGUCGUCCUCUUCGGCAUCGAGUCUCACGUUUGCGUCCUCCAGACCGCGCUCGAUCUGCUCAGUCAUUCGGAUUUCGGGGGUAGCACAAACGUCGGGUUCCCUGGAAAGGUCCAUGUGGUAGCAGACGCCGUAUCCUCGUGCAACGCCUUCGAGGUGCCCAUCGCGCUGCGAAGGCUGCAGGCGGAGGGCGCGGUGGUGACGACGAGCGAGAGUCUGGCGUUCCAGCUGGUAGGGGAUGCGGCGGGUGAGAAAUUCAAGGAAUUUAGCGCGAUUAUCAAGGAGACAAAGGACGCGACGAAGCAGACGGGGGAGCUGUUGCUUGGGGGGAAGGAGUAGAUGUGGAUGUAGCGAGCAUCCUAGAUUCUGACUGCGUGUACCGAACUUGGGAUUCCGUGUAACUUUUACUGUAACACAUACCAAUGUACAAAUAUUCCUCCAUCUCGAUCUUCCAACUGGACACCAGGCCUCUUCUCCAUUCCACAGUCCUACCACCUCCACUCGAUAUCGCAAUCACUCUUCCCCCUCACGCCCUUGUACGGUUUGUACAUCUCCCCUGUUAACUUCAGCUGGUCGACCUUCAGCGUCGAGAACGUCUGCGUCGGGAUCGCGAAGGUUGUCCGAAUGGCGUGCGAGGGGCGUGGGGGGCUGCGGGGUUGUGAGCGACAGUUCAGUGUGAACAAGUUGAGUACUAGAAGAAAUAC